GUCUCAAAUAAAACGACCCACAUGAUUGUGUUUGUCUUUGAUCCGGUCCCUGAUCUAUUUCCUGGCAAUACCGUCGAAGUGGGUGGAGAAAAGUUUGAGUAAAACACAUUACGGCGCAGUCUAUAACGAGAAAGGAAGACAGAAAAGAGCCUUUUAUUUUUUUUUUUAAAACAGGAAAGACGCACCCAAAAAAAAAAAAAAACCCAAAAUGUCUUCAAAUUCUAGGUCUGGCAUUCUGGUGUUUCUUUUUUUCGUGUUUUAUCUCACCUACCUCUUUCUGGGGGCUGCUAUAUUCUCCAGCAUCGAAAGACCGGAGGAAAUUCGACUGAGAGGCGAGCUGAGAAUUUUGAAAGCAAACUUUCUGAACCGCAGCUGUGUAGAUUCCUCCUCGCUCGAAACUUUUUUGGAACAUGUUCUGACUGCCAGUAAGUACGGCGUGUCUGUUCUCAACAACGCCUCGGUAAACACGAACUGGGACUUCGCCUCUUCUCUCUUCUUCGCAAGCACUUUGCUAACAACUGUAGGCUAUGGUCAGACCACUCCCCUGUCGGACGGCGGGAAAGCCUUCUCUAUAGCCUUUGCCCUGCUGGGAGUUCCCUUCACCAUGCUGGUGCUGACGGCCAGUCUGCAGCGGCUUAUGCACCUCUUCACCUACUGGCCCAUGAGGGUGUGCCAGCUGAGGGCCGGCUGGUCCAGCAGGACGGCCAGCAAGGUCCACUUCGUGCUGCUGCUCGUGGCGGUGGUGGUCUGUUUCUUCGUGGUGCCGGCCGCCAUCUUCAGCACCAUCGAGCACACGUGGACCUUCUUGGACUCCUUCUACUUCUGCUUCAUCUCACUCUGCACCAUCGGCCUGGGAGACUAUGUGCCAGGGGAGCAACAUGGACAGGCACUGCGUCCGCUCUACAAGAUCGCUGUCAUGGUGUAUCUGUUUGUGGGGCUGAUGGCGAUGCUUCUGGUCCUGCGCUCCUUCCACAAAGCGUGCGAUAUCCACGGACUCACCAGCCUCUUCCAUCUGCCCAAGUGCGAGGAGGAGGAGGAGGAGGAGGAGGAGGACCAGGUUCAGAUCAUCGACUCCCAGGAAUCAAGCGAGCCAGACCAGGAAGUGGCUCACAAGCAGCUGAUAGCAGGCAUCCAGCCCUCUUACAACUCCAUCAACCAAUAACAGCAAGCCCAGACAGGGAGGGACAGCACUGUGACGACAGCUCUCGGUAUUCUCACGCAGGCUGCCGACUUCAAAUAAGAUAGAUCAAAUAAGAUAUUCCAUAAAGCAGUGUCUGUUCUACUCCAGUCUGCUCUUCUAACUAAGGAUGGAGAGAGAUGAGCCUGUCAGUCCGAGCCCACAGCCACCGAUGGCCAGAUUUAGAUUUUUAAAUGAAGAUACAUAUUUUAAUACAAUUGGUUUUUGAAUGUUGGUAACCUCACCGUGUCCAUUUGGCACAUUUUUGGUUGAUUGCACAGAUAACCUUGUACAACAGAGGUCCAACUGGACCUGGAGAGCCCCUAUCCAGCAGGUUUUAUAGGUGUCAUUAUAUCAUCAGUGGCUAAAGAUCUGGAACACCUGUU